AUGGCUAUUCUUGACUGGCAACAAAAGGCUCAGGCCAAGCAGGCCGAAGCCGCCGACAAAAUCCCCUCCGAAUGGAGACUGUCCGCUGAGCUGCUCAAAACCACGGCGAACGACUCUAAUAUCCUUGAUAUCCCCACAAAGUCGGGUAUCCUGUCCGCCCACGAACUGGAUAUCACCGGCAACCACGACGCCACUGCCCUGCUGCAGAAACUCGCCGCGCGCGAGCUUACCUCCGUCGAGGUCACCACAGCCUUUAGCAAGCGCGCGGCCAUCGCGCAGCAGCUCACCUCCUGCCUGACCGAGACCUUCUUCGACAGAGCGCUGGCUCGCGCGAAGGAACUGGACGACCAUCUGGCCGCCACCGGCAAGCCCGUGGGACCGCUGCAUGGCCUCCCCAUCAGUCUGAAGGAGACGUUCAGCGUCCAAGGCAUUCCCACGAGUCUAGGCUACGUCUCGUUCCUGGAUCGGGAGAACCCAUCCACCAACUCAGCGUUGGUGGACAUCCUCCUCGCCGCCGGUGCCGUCCUCUAUGUCAAGACCAAUGUCCCCCAGACGAUGAUGACCGCUGACUCACACAACAACGUCUUUGGUCGCGUGCUAAACCCGCACCGCCGGAAUCUCACGGCCGGGGGAAGCUCGGGGGGUGAGGGCGCUCUGAUUGCUUUCCGCGGCUCUGUUCUCGGUGUCGGCACCGACAUUGCCGGCUCCAUCCGCAUCCCGGCGCUGUGCUGCGGCACGGUCGGGUUCAAGCCAUCUGUCGGCCGCGUGCCGUACGCAGGCCAGACAACAGGGGCCCGCGGAGGAAUGGUGGGCAUCGGGCCCUGCGCUGGACCUCUGAGCCACUCGCUGCGGGACGCGGAACUGCUGCUGCGCACCGUCUUCAACUCUCAGCCGGAGAACCUGGACGACAACGUCGUGGGCUUCCCCUGGGUAGACGCACCUUCGCAGCCCAUCCUCACCAUUGGCGUGAUGGCUGAGGACCCCAAGUUCCCCGUGCAUCCGCCCAUGCAGCGGGCGCUGGCGCUCGCCGUCAAGAAGCUCGAGGCCGCCGGCCAUCGCAUCGUGGACCUCUCGGGCAAACUACCUAGCAUCGCGGAGAGCUGUGAGCUCUCCUUCCGGUAUUUCAACUUGGAUUCCGACCGGACGUCACUGUCGCACAUCUCGGCCAGUGGCGAGCCGCCGAUCCCGUCGCUGCGGUUCACCUUCGACCUCGACAGCAAGAUGCCCGAGCUGACGCUGCGCGACGUGUUCGAUAUGAACGUGCAGCGCGCGCAGAUCACCGCCCAGGCGCGCCAGGCGUUCCUGGACAACAAGCUCGACGUGAUCAUCGGGCCUGGGUAUCAGAGCUGUGCGGUGCCCCACGACACCUUUGGCGCGGCGCCAUACACUGUCUUUGGCAACCUCAUCGAUUACCCCUCCUGCGUGCUUCCCUUCAGCAAGGCUGAGCAAGCCGCCGAUACCGAGUUUAUCCGCGACGUCACCUACAUCCCUCCAUAUCUCCCCAAGGAGGUGGAAGGCGCUCCCUGCCACGUGCAGAUCACGGGCCGACGACUCAAGGAUGAGGCAUUGAUGGAGCAUGCCAAGAUCAUCGAGGCUGUUUUGCUGAAGUAG